CAUUGGAAUUUUCGUAACUGAAAUUGAUGUUGCUACUUAAUGAGUUUUGCAAUAUCUAAGAAAAAAUAGAAAUGAAGUGUAAAUUGUUUGUUCUUUUAAAAAUAGCAUCAGUAUAUGCUUUGGUUGAUUUUAAAACUUUGGAAAUUAACAUUUGUCGUUCAGAGGAAAAUAGAUUUUACGUAAUGGAAGGAAAGACUAUAGAACAAUGUGUGGACGAAUGUCGCGCUCGUAAACAUUGUGAAUCGUUGAACUAUAGGACCAAAAUUAAUUUGUGUGAACUGUUUUCUACAACUAAUCCAGACAAUUUAAGUCAUGGAGACUGUAUCUAUGCAGACAAAAGAAAUCUACAACCAUUUCAGAAUCACUGCAAAUAUGGAGAAGUUCAAGAAACAACUGGAUGUGUCAUUAAAGAAUGUGUAAACAUGACAAUCCCCGAAAACGGAAUGGUCCUUGGCAAUAUGAUGACGGUUGGAGCAAAGAUCAGGUACAUUUGUGAAAACGGAUACAAACUAAAGGACAAUAGGUAUACAUCUGUUGCUGAGUGUCUUAACACAGGUCAUUGGAGUGACAACGCUGAAUGUGUGUUAGUGCCGACGAUAGGAAGACAUUGCACGAGAGAUACUGACUGUGUAGAAACUAACGGCACAUGCAUCAGACGGAAAUGUUUCUGCAACCAUUUGUAUCGGUACAACGAGACCCUACAAAACUGCAUAAAGGUGUGUGAUUCUAUGACAGAUGAAUUUGAGGAGUUUCCUGACUUUGCUAUCAACAGUUACAGUCAUCUUUUGUAUUGGGCAACGCUUGACAGCACAGAAAUAUUGUUAACAGCCAGAGUUCCUGUACCAGAACCAUAA